AUGCCCUCGAAAACAUUGAUAUUCGUUACAGGCAACGCGAAUAAGCUCAAGGAAGUACGCGCCAUACUUGGAGCGUCACAUAUUGAGAUUGACUCGAAAGAUCUCGAUAUCCCGGAAGUGCAGGGUACCACCCGCGAAGUUGCUAUCGCGAAGUGCCGCGCUGCCGCCGAACAGCUUGGUCUCAAUACUCUUCUCAUGGGUUUCCCGACUACCGCUGCGUGGGCUCUGUGCACAUUUGCCUAUAGUUCCGGGCCCGGAUCGGAACCUAUACUGUUCGAAGGACGCACCAACGGGCACAUCGUACCAGCUCGGGGCACGAACACCUUUGGAUGGGAUCCCAUCUUCGAGCCUGAAGGGACGAGUCAAACUUACGGGGAGAUGAGUGCAGAAACGAAGAACAAAAUAUCUCAUCGAUACCGCGCUCUGGAGAAGCUGCAAGCAUACUUGUGGUUCGAGGUGCGAUGGCUACUUCCAAGUAUUCACCCGAAACGCUGCGCGUAUUACCCACCGUCUAUCUCACUGACCAACGCCUCAUUGCAACGCACUAUGACCCACCUGAGCUCUAUUCUACCCAACUUCGUCGGCGCCACGGUCUUAUCCAGACGCCUCCGCCUCCGCCUGCUCCAGCCACUCGGAUCUGGGGUCUAUGGCGUCGUUUAUCUCGCACACGACCUCGCUUCUCCGCCAGAUAAUCCUACCUGUUACGCUGUGAAGGUGCUCCUCAAACACCCGAAAGGCUCGGACCAAUAUCGGUGCCAGCAACGCGAAAUCGCAUAUCAGUCUGCGGUAUGCGAUCAUCCCAACGUCGUGAACCUGCAUCGCGUCAUCGAGGAAGAGCAUUACAUGUACCUCGUGAUGGAUUAUUGUCCUGGUGGCGAUUUAUUCAGCUCCAUCAUCGACCGCCAGGCUUUCGUGAACAACGAUGCGCUACUGCGGAGUACAUUCCUCCAGCUCAUCGACGCACUCCAUUCUUGUCACGACCAGGGUGUUUACCACCGGGACCUCAAACCAGAGAAUAUCCUCAUGUCCAGUGAUGACCGCCAUCUCUAUUUAGCCGACUUCGGGCUGGCCACGAAGGCCAAGUUGAGUUCAAGCUUUGGUUGUGGAAGUUCGCUAUACAUGAGUCCAGAAUGCCUUGGUAUAUACGCCAAGAAAGCCCCAUUUUGCACCGCACGCUCAGAUAUAUGGGCGUUGGGUGUCAUCCUUACGAACCUCAUUACCGGCCGGUGCCCGUGGUUCGUCGCGAAUCCACAUAGGGACGAGGGCUUCGCCAUGUUUCUCCGCGAAGGCCCAUCAUACAUCCACCGCAGGCUCCCCAUCUCACGCGGCGUGAGCGAGAUCCUCGGGCGCAUCUUCACGCUCGAUCCCAAUCGCCGCAUCACGCUCAACGAGCUUCGCAAGGCCGUGCUCGAAGUCGACACGUUCUGGCGCUCAACUGGGGUGCCCACCACUGUUCCUGUUCCCUUUCCCUUGCCCCUGGGCCUGAACGACCCCAACACCGAACAGCCGCACAACCUCGCCGCUGCGCCGCAAGAGUCGGACAUCGCCGACUGCCGCCCGUCGGAGCGGGGCGAAAGUGGCGUUCACGUCGUGGUGCCGGGACGGUCCUGCACACUGCGCGUAUCUUCCUCGGUCGGUGCCAACGUCAGCGCGUUCGUAAACGCCGUGCCAACGCUCUCCGCGUCCGCGACAGCCUUGGCCAGAGUGGACGUAUCCCCACCACCCACACUUUCCACCGGUUCUUCAGACCCGGAAAGUGAUGGCCCUUCCACUCCGGCGACGCAAGCACGCGAACCGGUUGUUGAUGUAUCGAAUCUAUCCUUGGAAUGUGUGGGGGAGGGAUGCAGCGUGUCAGGUGGGGAAGUACGCAUGCCUGCGCCGAUGCACGAGAAGAAAAAGACACGAUCGUGGAAACGGCUAUUUCACUCCGUUCACAGAAUACGUAUUUUUGCCUGA